AUGGCGGCCUCCGAGUCGGGUCAUGUGGCUCUGCAACUCAAGUGGCUGUACCCCUUGCCGAACUCUCUUCCAGACUGGCUUGUUCCUCGAAUACAGAGCAAUGAAUUGACAGCUAACACAGUCCCCAUCCAGGACUUCGACGUCAAACUCAGGGCUAUUUUAUCGGGCACGGCAAAGGAGAAUCCCGAUCACUCCACGAUCCCAUACGAACUUGUUCGUAGCGACUUGCCUCCCCAGGAGAAGCAGAUCGACUGUCCCAACGAAGAAGCCCAGCUCCUGGCCGCUGCUGGCCUGACCAUCUCUUUGUGGGUCAUGUCGGUGGCAGCAUUCUACAUCACGCGGACGCGCUGGAUCUACGAGGAGCUUCGAGCAGAACUGAUCACUGCGCUUCCUCGCAAGUCCGACGCUGGCACAUUCAACUGGGGAGACGUCGAGAAACUGCCCUAUCUGACCGCCUGUGCCUGUGAAUGUCUCCGCCUCUCCUACGGCGUCACGUCACGCAGCCCCCGCCUCUGGGACCGGCCGCUUCCCUACCGAGGCCGGACCAUCCCGCGCGGACGCCCGUCAGCCUGA